AUGUAGGGACAGUAGUCCUUUCCCUCCCCCGCCUCAAAAGCCGUCUUCGCGCCAUCUUUCCCAGUAAGCUCCGCGACAGCUCCGACCGGUGAUUGGCUACGCCGGCAGCUGGCGGCCCAGCCGGCAGCGGUUACUGGGGUUUCCGGUACAAAGCCAGAGCGGGAGACGCUGUCUGAGGACGGAGGAGCGGUGUGCCCCAAAGCCUGCCAAGGCACGCCAGGGUUCCCUGAUACCCAGAGAUUGAGUACCGCUGGCUUCCGGUGAAGGACGGCCAGUUUGUUUCAAGAAGCUUUGUGUUCCUGGUGUUGGGAUUUCGGAUUCAGGUUGUGAAGAAUUUUGAAGUCGAAAAUAGCAACUGCACACGUUCUUAAGGAUCUGCUCCAAACCUAGCACUGCACAUCACAAUGAAGAACCAAGACAAAAAGAAUGGGGCUGCCAAACAGUCCAACCCCAAAAAUAGCCCCGGGCAGCCGGAAACGGGACCAGAAGGAGUCCACGGGAGAAGGCCCAGCCAGUCUCCUGCGACAGAAGCUGAAGGUUCCGCCAGCCAGGCUCCUGGGAGGACGGAGGGGGCUCAAGCCAAAACAUCUCAGUCUGGGGCCCUCCGUGAUGUCUCAGAGGAGCUGAGCCGCCAAUUGGAAGACAUACUGAAUACAUACUGUGUGGACAACAAUCAGGGUAGCCCAGGUGAGAAUGGAGCACAGGGUGAGUCCACUGAACCGGAAGAUGCAGAGAAGCCCCGGACCUAUGCGGCAAGGAAUGGGGAGCCUGAGCCAGGGACCCCAGUAGUUAAUGGUGAGAAGGAGACCUCCAAGGGAGAGCCAGGCACAGAAGAAAUCCGGGCGAGUGAUGAGGUCGGAGAUCGGGACCACCGAAGGCCGCAGGAGAAGAAGAAAGCCAAGGGUUUGGGGAAGGAGAUCACGUUGCUGAUGCAGACACUGAACACGCUGAGUACCCCAGAGGAGAAAUUGGCAGCACUGUGCAAGAAGUAUGCUGAACUGCUGGAGGAGCACCGGACUUCACAAAAACAGAUGAAGCUCCUGCAGAAGAAACAGAGCCAGCUGGUACAGGAGAAGGACCACCUGCGAGGAGAGCACAGCAAGGCUAUACUGGCCCGCAGCAAGCUUGAAAGCCUGUGCCGUGAGCUGCAGCGGCACAACCGCUCCCUCAAGGAAGAAGGCGUACAGCGGGCCCGGGAGGAGGAGGAGAAGCGCAAGGAGGUGACCUCACACUUCCAGGUGACACUGAAUGACAUUCAGCUGCAGAUGGAACAGCAUAAUGAACGCAAUUCCAAGCUGCGGCAAGAGAACAUGGAGUUGGCUGAGAGGCUCAAGAAGCUGAUUGAGCAAUAUGAGUUGCGUGAGGAGCAUAUUGACAAAGUCUUCAAACACAAGGAUCUACAGCAGCAGUUGGUGGAUGCCAAGCUCCAACAGGCCCAGGAGAUGCUGAAGGAGGCAGAGGAGCGGCACCAGCGGGAGAAGGACUUUCUCCUGAAAGAGGCAGUGGAAUCUCAGAGGAUGUGUGAGCUGAUGAAGCAGCAGGAGACCCACCUGAAGCAGCAGCUCGCCCUAUACACAGAGAAGUUUGAAGAGUUCCAGAACACACUUUCCAAAAGCAGUGAGGUAUUCACCACAUUCAAACAGGAGAUGGAAAAGAUGACUAAGAAGAUCAAGAAACUGGAGAAAGAAACCACCAUGUACCGGUCCCGGUGGGAGAGCAGCAACAAGGCCUUACUUGAAAUGGCUGAAGAGAAAACUCUCCGGGACAAAGAACUGGAGGGCCUGCAGGUGAAAAUCCAGCGGCUAGAGAAGCUGUGCCGAGCACUACAGACAGAGCGCAAUGACCUGAACAAGAGGGUACAGGACCUGAGUGCUGGUGGCCAGGGCCCCCUCACUGACAGUGGUCCUGAGCGGAGGCCAGAGGCUGCCACUGUGGCCAAGGAGCAGGGUGGUGAGGUGCCCAGAGCUCAAACUCCCAGCUCCUCGAGGGCCACCGAAGCUCCUGGCUGCCCAGGAACACCGAGCACAGAAGCAACAGGGCCUCAGGAGCCCUCCUCUGCCACUGCCUAGAGAGCCUGGUGCUUGAGGCAUGCUGGGAAGGGAGCUGUACCCCAGCCAAGCCUGGCCCAUACAAGGCUCCCAAACCAAACAGCCAGUGCUGGAGUCAGGGUGUUCUGACCCAACAGGCCUCUGCAACUUCGCAAUUUUGGAUUUUGUGGGUCAGUUUUACAUACAUACGGCAUAUGUGCAGGGCCUCAUGCAUUUAUAUCUGUAAGUGUACAGGGGGCUUGCAUUGAGGGCAGGUAUACAGGUGAUGUCAGUUCUCCUCUAAGGUGAAGGGUCUUAUAGAGGAGGUGUCAUCUGUAGCUGCCAUCACAGUGAGCUGGCAGGGCAAGUGAUUUGAUUUCUUGCCCAGUUUGGGGCUCAGACUCCUCCCAGCCCUUCAGAGCUUAUGACAAUUAGUAUACCCAGUCCUGGAUUGCAUUCUGUUGUGAGCAGGGCUUGGGCAGCUCGGGCUUUUCUAGCUCUCAUGGAGAUGUCAUUGCUUCUCAGCCUAGGAAUGCUGUCUCUGCAGAGCCUCUGCAUGACACUCAGAGCCUAGGACAAGGGACCUGGAGAAUGUUGCAUUGUGAGAGGAUGUGCUGGUUGGGAGCCCCUAGGCCACUGCUUCCCUUGCCCUCCGGUAGUGCCAGGACCGGGCCAGUGUUGCUUCUCAGUAGCCUUAUCAUUCACAGGUGCCUCUCUGGCCUGCACAAAUGAUUGACAAGAGAUCAUCCAAAGGAUUCUUUCUGAAGGCAUUUUUGUUUUGGACAUAACAGUUCAUAGGAGGAUUUUCUGAGGAAGGAAGAGGGGUGCUGCAGUGGUCCUGGGUGCCUGGCCUCAGUGUGUGUCCCACCCGUCACCUCCCCACCUGGCUCCUUAGCCAUGUCGGUGCUGAGGUUUCCUCUUUGAAAGGGAAGAUCGUAUUAUUUAGGAGAAGGAGAAAGAAAGGGGCUUCUAAUGGCUCCGCCAUGAGCUUGCCUGUGGGUUUCAGUCGGGGAGGCCACCCACCAUGGAUUCCCAUCCUCACUGUCUCCGUGCAGCAGUUUCUAGACCCCAGGUCCUGCUACCCCUUAGCUUUAUGGUUCUCUCUGCUUCCCCCGCUCCCACCCUUUUGUACAAUCCUUGAGGUUUGCCCUGGUUCCCACUUCCUUACCUUCUUGCCCAAGAAAUAAGAAUCAUUCUUGGAAUUAAUUCCACUUCUUCCUGUGUGAGAGCCUCCCCAGCUGUUACUUUGACAGAAUGAAAUUCUGCAAUAGGCUGAGCUCAGGAAAACAACAAAAAGGCUACAGAAGGUCCCUUCUACCCGACUACCUGACCCAAAACUUUAUUACUAUGUACUAUGUGUAGCAACUCUGUGCUGAAAGCUCUUGUUGCACACCUGGCAGGGUAUUAGUCACUGUAUAGAGCAGUUUUGGGGGGCAAUAGAAUGAGUCUUGGACUGCUCUGCUGAGCUACGGGUAUAGUGCAUCUCCAGUGAGCUAAGGAAGCCACAGACCAAGAUGGGACAGGUGUGGUUUUGCCUCUUAUAUUUCUUGGAACUAGUUAUUGUCCUGGAGAUCCUCCCCCCAAACCAGAUCCCUUCAUUUUCUACAACUAGUCCCCAGAUAAAUUGGCUCAUGAAAAAUGCUGUGUACUCCUGAACCAUAAUUGUUUUUUGUUUUUGUUUUGUUUUUAUUUGUACUGGGGAUUGAACUAUGGUCCUUGCGCUUGCAAGGCAGGAGCCAGAACCACGUUUUGACUUAAGACCAGAGAUAGCAAAAGAAUCGCCACUUUGUCCCCUGGCAGGUGCCACUGACUGAUUUCAGAGUAUAUCCUGUUAGCCCCUGCUAUAUCCUUAAUUCACACAAGAUGCCCAAUAUUUUGAGUGUUGAAACUACUUUGUCAUUGUUAAGAUCUACUCUCCUGUGGAGAAACGUUACACAAGGUCUUUGUCUUCCCCUCUUUGAAAUCCCUGUAUUUGGAAUUGUCCCUUCCUCUUCCUGCCUCAGUAGGGCCUCUCCCACCCCUGUGCCAGGCUGAAGAACAAAAACAGUCAACACCACAAAGGGUUUGUUAGCUAUGGAGGUGUAGGAAAGAGGCAGAGAGGUCUGCUUGCCCCCUUGGAGAAAGUGGAAAGGCCUACAAUGGCCCACAUAAUUGCUUGCCUCACUUCAGCUACCUCUUAAAGCCCUUGGGGAGUUGGAACUGUUGGGACCCAGGUGAGAUGGGGGGCUGCAGUAUUCAAGUGGCCCCAGCUGGGCUUCCUAGAUCAGGAAUGUGGUCCCCAGACCAGGUAGAGCCCUGGCUCUUGGCUCCAUCCUUUUCUAGACACCCAUGCCAGUCUGAUGAUGGAGCUCGCUCUUUUUCUCUUCCUUUCCAUUUGACCAAAUCUCACCAAUCACUACAGCUGCUCUGCUUGCUUUACUUUCCAAAGUCAGCCCAGGUGCUUGGGUGCCACCCCACCCCCACUACCAGGUACAGGGAAAGUGGCCUAUCCAUGAGUGAGGGCCAGUGUCAUCUUCACCCAGGUGAGUCCUAUGCACAUGACCUCAGUUUUAGGACCAAGAGCUGUGUUGGUUUCUUAAAUUGUUAGUUUUUCCUCCAGGGACCACAGUUAGUGAGCUUGGAGCCCAAAGCCCUAGCUCUGCUAACAGUAACUGUUCAGGACCUUGUCUGAGAGCUUCAUGCACACCAGAUUCCUAGAGGUAUCAGCAGCACUUUUUAUUUGUUAUUUGUUUUCCAUGAGGCUUUUGGACCAUGGGCUGAGCUCAGGCACUUUCUGUGAGAAUGUUAUUUCUGUAAGAUGGUUAUUUAUCCCUCCUCCAUUCCUAUCAUGGUGGCCCUGCUGAGGGUUGACCAAGAUGCCAGUGGAGCUGCCCUGGCAGCAGAGAGGCUGAGGCUGCCAAGCUACUGCUCCAGCCCUCCCACCUUGCAUAGCACUGUGGUGGUCAUGCAGGACAGCCAGGCACCUGGCUGUUCCUCUCACUGCCUGGGGGAGAGGGCUGCCUCUGUCCCUAUAACUGCUUUCCUUAUGGCCCCACCUGGCCACCCAGACUUGUUUAAAAGUUGUGCUGAGAGCUCCCCUCCCCCUUUUGGUAUUCACAAUAGCCAGAGACUUGAUAUUGAUGUAUUUUAAACCACAUUAAAUAAAGAGUCUGUUGCCUUACUUUUUUCUGUUCUAAUCUCUGUCUGUCUUUUUAGUUUUUUGAGAAAGGGUCUUCCUGUGUAGUUCAGGCUCAACAUAAGCUUAGUAUGUAGUCCAAGUUAGCCUCAAAUUUGUGGCAAUCCUGCCUCAGCCUCCUGAGUGCUGGGAUUAUAGCAUGGGCCCCCAUGCUGCCUCUGUGGCCUUUUGAUGCCUCUGGAUCCAUUUGGUUCCCUCCACACUCACUGACUUGUCUGGAUCUGCUGCAAAGUAGCCAUGGCUGUGCUCUAGCAGCCUGUAUCUCCUGGAGUGCCCUCCAGCACACUGGCAGAUUUGCUUAAGCUGCCUGUGCCCUUGGUGAAAUUGGCAAGGUGCUUCACUCAAGUAACAACAUUAAAUAAAUACUCCUCCUAACUUGGGCUUCACAGGCAAGGAAGGGGAGACAAGGGACAGAGAGGUAGAUAAUUAGAAGGGCCUGUUGACCUAAUGUACAGGCAGAGAUUUGAUAACUUCAUGUAGUAAUUAAAUGGUUCACCUGGGAAUGCAGGUACACAGGAGGGUUGGGGGAAAAUCAGGCUAGGGAACUAGAGUUUGUAUACCAAGUUAGGAACUUUGAGCCAGCUGGGCGUCCUGGCGCAAUCCUGUAAUCCCAGCACUUGGGAGGCUGAGGCAGGAGGAUCGCUGUGAGUUUGAGACCAGCCUGGGU